AUGCUCUUUUUUACAUUUUUUCAACAACUAGCUGAGAAAAAUCAUCAUGUUACUGUCGAAUUAAAAAAUGAUUUACAAAUAUCAGGAGUCUUGCAUUCAGUUGAUCAAUAUUUAAAUAUAAAAUUAACGAAUGUGUCAGUAAAUAAUCCGGAGAAAUAUCCUCAUUUGUUAUCUAUAAAAUCAUGUUUUGUUAGAGGAUCUGUAGUUAGAUAUGUAUUCCUACCUUCAAAUGAGAUUGAUGUUCAAAAGUUACAUCAUAUGUGUAGACAAGAGGCAAAAAUGGUAGCCGAGAAAGAAAAAGAAAGGAAAUAA